CCUAAUUUCCAGUUAGUUAUUUAUAGCAUAUGACGUAUUGGAAAGUGAAGCUUUCCAAAAGCCUUUUAGAGCCCAAAUAAUAUUGCUAGAAAAAGAAAUAGUCAAAAGCGUGUGCAUUGACAACAUCGCAAAUGUCAGGAAAUCCAGGAACUGGUACCGAUGAGGUGCGUCUAUCUUCUAAAGACCUUGAAACAUUACUACAGGCAGGAAAUCUGAGCUUUGAAGGGCUGGAUUUACUACAGCUGGAUCCAAAUGUUGCCCAGCAGAUACUGCAAUUUAAACAACAACAAACAGCUGAUCCAAACUUGAAUGCAACAGCAGCCCAGAGUUUGAACGCAAGACCGACAAAACCACGACCAGGACACAGUAUGUCGAGACAGCCAUCUCGUGGUACCCAAGUACAGGGACCGUAUGUUGAAAUAGUUGAGCAACCUCGAGCAAGAGGUCUCAGAUUUAGGUACGAGUGUGAGGGAAGAUCGGCUGGUAGUAUACCUGGUGAAUCUAGUACUCCAGAAAGAAAAACAUUCCCUGCCAUCAAAAUACACAACUACAGUGGUCCAGCUGUAAUAGUUGUGUCAUGUGUAACCAAGGAUGAGCCAUACAAACCCCACCCACAUAAUCUGGUUGGCAAGGACUGUAAGAAGGGUGUUUGUACGCUACGUAUCCGAGAUACUAACACUGUUAGUUUCCCUCAUCUUGGAAUUCAGUGUGCCAAGAAAAAAGAUGUUGAUGGAAACCUUCAAAUGAGAAAAGACAUCAAUGUUGAUCCAUUUCAGACUGGAUUUAAACAUAAAGGUCAAAACAUUGAUCUAAAUGUUGUCAGACUGUGCUUUCAAGUAUUUCUACCAGACGAGCAUGGAAAGAUUACCCGUAUAGUGCCACCUGUAGUCUCACAGGCAAUACAUGAUAAAAAGGCCCUGAAUGAUCUGGUCAUUUGUCGUAUUGAUAGAACAUCUGGUAAACCUAAAGGUGGUGAUGAGAUUUUCCUGCUGUGUGAAAAAAUUAAUAGAGAUGAUAUCCGUGUACGCUUUUUUGAGGAAAGAGAUGGUCGACUUUUUUGGGAAGCUUUUGGAGACUUUGGUCAGAAUGAUGUCCAUAGACAAUUUGCAAUUGUAUUCAAGACACCACCCUAUAAUGACCAAUACCUGCAACAACCUGUUGAAGUCCAGAUGCAGAUACAAAGGUCUUCUGAUCUUGAGGGCUCAGACCCAAUUGCCUUUACUUACCAGCCAGAAGAUCCAGAUCCAGAUAGGAUAUUAGAGAAACGUAAAAGAAAAGCUGCAAGCCUAAAUUUCUUACAAAACCCAGGUGAAGGUAACGCACAAAUCACUCAAGAGACUUUGAAACAGAGACUUAAGUUGAAAGCUACCAGAACUGGUAGGGGUGUGAAAAAUGAGACUAUUUCUGUGAAAGAAGAAGUGAGAAGUCCAGAAGUACCACAGUACUCAUUUUCAAAUAUUGGAGCACAGAAUGUCCAGCCAAAUGUUUCUAUGCCUAAUCUGAUGUCACCCCAGCAACCCCAGAUAUCUCAAAUUGAUGUUGCCACAGCGACUAUUGCUUCACAGUCAAGUAUGUCUGGUGGAAAGAUACAGUACACACCAGCUCAGCCAGCCACCACUCAGAUUCCUUCAGUCUCUCUUACCCCUCAGCUUUUACAGUUGUUGGCAUCGUCUGGAUUGCUUACCACCCAGCAACCUAACCAGUUAAAUCCCUUGUUACAACAACAACAGCAGCAGCAGCAACAACAACAACAACAGCAUGUGGCACAGACAUUCCAAGAUACAGGUAUGCAGCAGAUGCAGACAGAUCAACAAGCCUCUAAUCCACAACUUGAACUAUUUAAGCAAUAUCUUAUGCAGACUGUCGCUAACCAGCAGGGUCAAGCGGCAGCAUCAGGUGUAAGUAACCAUGUUAUCACAAAUAAUGACCCAAACAUGCAGCCUCAAAAUCAAGAAAUGACUUCCUUAAACUCUAUUGACCAAAAUAUCUUACAAUCUAUAUUGCAAGGAGACUCACCAAUGGUAUCUUUUGAAAGCUUUGAAGGACUUAGUGGUAAUAUUGCCGAUCUUAAUUAUGAUCCUAAUAUUGCUGGCUUUGAAACAGUUGGUGGAGACUCUAAUUCUCAAAGUUCACAGCAACAAUUUGAUGAAACAUCUGCUGCAGUUCAAAACCUGAAUGGAUGAGAAUUUGUGUGACAUCUUCAAAACUUAUCCAGAUCAAUCAUAAAUUGAAAUGAUGAAAACAAGACAAUGUGAUUUAAGUAUGCUUUUGUUUUGAUCAUGUUUUGGAUAUGCAAUGAAAGGUUUUUAUAUUGAGUUGUUAAUAGAGAUGGAAAUUAUGCAUUGAAUAUCCUAAUCAAUUGUCAGAAAAGUCAGAUGACUCUUGUGAAGGAUAAACUAUACCUAGCUUUGAAUUUGAAAUGUUGAUGGUCUUGUUGAUUGUUUUAUUAUUUUGAGAAAAGAAUGAAGAUUUUAUCAUGUGUGUUUACUAAACUAAAUGUUGAUAUAUCUGUUUUGCUUUAGUAAUUGAAGUCGGCUACAUGGUGUGUUUCAUGCAUUGUGUAUCAUUUGUUUGACAUUUUUGACACACCUGUACAUUUGAUCAGAAUUAUCUUUUUUUUUUCAUGAUUUACAUUUUAACAUUUUCAUCCCUAACAUCUAUAUAUUAAGGGGAAUAUUGUUUUUGUCCUGUCUAUUUCUGUCAUAGACUAUUUUAACCUUGGUGACCAUAUCAUCUAAAGAUCUUUAUUCUACAUACUUCGGGGCACAACAUUAUAAUAAAAAAUAAAACCCUAAUUAAACUUGAUGGCUAAUCUGUUAACCUGCUGUAUUUCUGAAAUCGACUUGUCCAGCCUUUAAAUAUUGGAACCAUCCAUUAUUAAGUUUAGGGAAAUUAAGAUGAAAAGUUAGCCAACAGUAUUGAACCUGGUGAAUAUUUUAUAUUGUAAAUGUUGGAAUAUUUUGUCUUUUAUGGGCAUUAUAAUCAUCCCAUUUCAUUAUCAUUUUAACAAAGUAUUCAAGAGUGUAAUGCUUCUGUUUUUCAUAUCUUACUUAUAAGGAUUGGGAAUACUUUCCAUCAUUUUAAAAAAUUCUAUAGUCAAAAAUUGAUUUCAUACUAAAACUGACAAUGACUUUAAAGCUUUACAACUGUUUCAGGUUUCCUUAUUGUUUGUCUAUAAUGUUACAUAGCUUUAGCAAUAAUUUUUACUGACACUUGUGCUAUCAUUCAUUUACUAUUUUACAUUAGUGUUUAAUCUUCUUUUCAUUGAAAAAUUACUAUUAUUAGUGAUACAUGUAUAUGGUUACAUAGAUAUACACAGUUCAAAUGUGCUUGUUGCAAAUGUACUGGUGUUUUCUUUCCUUUCAAUACAUUACAUUUGUAUCAUUUUAAUGAAUUAUUUUGUUUUCAUAACUGUAGAUGAAGAAUAAAGUGUAUAUAUCCACA